CUAUGGAUGUUGGUUGCUAAAUCGUUUAAUUUAUUUUAAUUUUAUCCAACGCCCACAAAAAAAAUCUGUUGUUUUUCUUGGGUUCGAGAACGUUGAAGUUUUAUGGCUAUGAGGAUCAUGAGACGCCAUGGUUGGCAGCGGCCUUUCCAUCCUUUACAGAUGGUGGGAAUGGCAAUAUACAGUUUUCUUGUUGUGGCCUUUUAUACAUUUUUAGGCCUUCUUCUCGGAAACAGAACCGCUGAGAUCACUGUCACAACUCUCUUCUCCUUCGUGGCACUCUCAGUCAUGUUCCUGUUUAUUAGGUGUACUGCUAUUGAUCCUACUGAUAAAACCAGCUCCAGGAAGAAGAAAAGAGGAAAAUCUAAAGGGGUCUUGAAGCUAAAUUAUGGGUUCAUAUUGACCCAGAUUGUUGUAAGAUCUUUUAGGAGGCUAGAGAAGAAGAUUCUAAGGACUUUUAUAAGGAGGAAGUAUCUGGAUCCUCUCAAAACCAAUGUCCAAAUGGAACCAUUACUACCAUUUCCCCUUGUCAUUAAGGAUGAUGCAAUUUCUCCUGAACUUAAAGAGGAUGACAUAUCCUAUUGUUCUCUCUGUGAUUUUGAGGUGAAAAAGCAUAGCAAGCAUUGUAGGACUUGCAACCGGUGUGUCCAAGGCUUUGAUCAUCAUUGCAGGUGGUUGAACAACUGUGUAGGGAAAAGAAAUUAUACAACAUUCAUUCUUCUAAUGAUCUUUGUCUUGUUAAUGCUAAUCCUAGAAGGAGGAACUGCCAUUGCCAUAUUUGUUAGGUGCUUUGUAGAUAAGAAGGGAAUUGGGAAGGAGCUGAAGAAGAGGCUGUAUAUAGAGUUCCCAAGAGAAGUUCUUGCCACAAUAACAUUAUUGUUGGCCUUAUUUACAGCUUAUGGUUCAGCUGCAAUGGGACAGCUUUUCUUCUUUCAUGUUGUUCUUAUAAGAAAGGGAAUGAGAACAUAUUAUUAUAUAAUGGCAAUGAAGGAGGAGGAGAACCAAUUUACACUAGAUCCAUUUGACGAAUCGGAUGUUUCUUCGGAUGAUAGUUUGGAUUUAGAUUCACCUGAAAAACCAUCUUUUAUAUCAAGGUUUAUAUGCAGAGGACAGGGAAGUCAGAACUCAUCGAGAUUGUCCAUAAGAAUUGAUGGAGAUCCUGAAGCUUCCACCUUAACCAGCAAGAAACAAGGGUUCCAUGUAAGCAUUGACCCUUGGAAACUGAUAAGUCUUAGUAGGGACAAAGCUGUUCUAGCAGCAGAGAAGGCUAGAGAAAGGCUUAGGAUGCAGAAGCCGGAGGUGGAACUUGAUCCAUUGAAGCCAUUACCACUGGAGACAAAACGUGGGCCACUCCUGAACCCUGAAAGGAACAUGGCCAAUUCAGGAACAACGCCUCUCAUCUCCAAAGCCAAACUACCUGGUUCACCGGUAGGGCUUACUAGUCCAAGGCGUCGGUUUUCAGGAUCUCCUACAAUGUUCUCUAGCGUUAUGCCGUCACCAAAACAAAAGUAUAGGAGCAAUUUCGAUCUGAAAUUAACUGAGGUUUCCAGGGAGCUCGAAACAUACAUUUCAAGGCAGGUUUUAUGUUCUGUUAUAAAGAAAGAUGGUAGUGAGGCAUCUCCCAGAUAAAGAAAAAUCAUUUCAAUUUAAGGUUCUCAGCCUCUGAGAAAAAAAAAGAUUCAUUGGACUGUUUGUGUGCAUUCUUGAUGAAACAUCUCAAUCUCCUUCGAUUUUAUCUUCUUUUUUUCAAAUCUUUUAUGGAUUUUUCAAUUCAAUCUUCAAUUAGUGAAAUACAGCUACA